AUGAUUCAAAACAAUGAUCACAAUCCAAACCCAGAUCCAGAACCAGUCCCUGAAGCCAAAAACCGACGCCAUGUUCGCAGACAUCGGUGUCUCAUUGCAAUUGGGUUUGUCAUCUUCCUCAUCAUGCUUCUCUUCAUUGUGUUGCUCAUCCUAGUUUUGACUGUUUUCAAGGCCAAGCAACCCAAGACCCAGCUUGUCUCCGCCACCCUCGAUGGCAUCUCCCCCCGUAUCUCAUUCCCUGUAGUCAGAAUCCAGCUCAACAUCACCCUCAACCUCCAAAUCCUGGUUGAGAACCCGAACCAUGCCAGUUUCAAGCAUGGGUCCGGGCAGAGUAUACUCCUGUACCAAGGGGAGCAGGUUGGGGAUGUGGAGAUAUACCCAGGUAACAUUCCGGGCAGGAGGUCAACCACAAUUCCCUCCCGGCUAACUCUACAGGUCGAUAAGGUUGCUUCUGAGACAUUGCACCUAGUCCAGGACAUCCUAGCAGGGCAGCUGGCGAUGGAUACGCGUACAAGAAUUCCAGGCAGGGUGACCUUCCUUGGGCUCAUUCGGAAACACGUGGUGGCAAUAUCAGACUGCCAUUUCGUCAUCGCGGUCCCCGAGAUGAAGGUCCGAAGCCAAGAGUGCAAGGAAAGGACAAAGUUUUGA